CCUCCAGGUGGGGCUAAUGGAGCAUACCAGGUCCUGCUUGGGGGGAGGCGGAGUCUGACUCCGGUGCGUGUCGCCGCUGUCCAGCCCGCGCGGCGCAAGGAUGGAGAGAGUGGAAUAAAUCCACUCUUCUCCGUUUCUCGUGUUUGGGAGGCACUUAUUGGGGGGGUGAAGCGGUCUGCUGUCGCGCGCAGGACCUCCAAGGGGCUGAAGCAGCAGCGGAUACCCGCCGUUCCUGAACGGGGACCGCCUUCUCCAGCCUGUGGGAUUCAUUCAGUGAUUCUCCGGGAUUCCAGCAGACAGCAGGUGACAGACAUGGACGAGCAGCCCAGGAUGAUGCUCUCUCACACGCCAGGCAUGGCCGCGCACGCUGGCCUGCCGCAGCACGUGCACGAGGGCGGCACGGCGCCGGACGGGGACGCGCGGAAGCAGGAGCUCGGAGAAAUCCUGCAGCAGAUCAUGACCAUCACGGACCAGAGCCUGGACGAGGCGCAGGCCAGGAAACAUGGCCUGAACUGUCACAGGAUGAAGCCGGCUCUCUUCAACGUCCUCUGUGAGAUCAAGGAGAAAACAGUGCUGAGUAUCCGUGGUGCCCAGGAAGAAGAACCUCUGGACCCUCAGCUCAUGCGGCUGGACAAUAUGCUGCUAGCGGAGGGCGUGUCUGGUCCAGACAAAGGCGGAGGCUCGGUGGCAGCAGCAGCUGCAGCGGCUGCUUCAGGAGGGGUGGGGGCCGACAACUCUGCAGAGCACUCAGACUACAGGGCCAAGCUGUCCCAGAUUAGACAGAUCUACCACACAGAGCUGGAGAAAUAUGAGCAAGCUUGUAACGAGUUCACCACGCAUGUGAUGAACCUGCUGCGAGAGCAGUCACGCACGCGGCCCAUCUCACCCAAAGAGAUUGAGCGCAUGGUGAACAUCAUCCACCGCAAGUUCAGCUCCAUCCAGAUGCAGCUGAAGCAGAGCACCUGCGAGGCUGUCAUGAUCCUGCGCUCCCGCUUCCUGGAUGCCAGGCGGAAAAGGAGAAACUUUAACAAGCAGGCUACAGAGAUACUGAACGAGUACUUCUACUCACACCUCAGUAACCCCUACCCCAGCGAGGAGGCCAAAGAGGAGCUGGCAAAGAAGUGUUCUAUCACAGUGGCCCAGGUUUCCAACUGGUUUGGGAAUAAAAGAAUCAGAUACAAGAAAAACAUUGGUAAGUUCCAGGAGGAGGCCAACAUGUACGCUGCGAGAACUGCCGUCAAUGCGGCUAAUGCAUCCUCACAUGGAAGCCAAGCAAACUCACCCUCCACUCCCAACUCUGCAGGUUCUGCUGCUUCUUUUAACGUAUCCAACUCAGGGGACCUGUUCAUGAGUGUGCACGCUCUCAACGGGGACUCCUUCCAAGGGGCACAGGUGGGAGCCAAUGUUCAGUCACAGGUGGACACUCUUCGCCAUGUUAUCAGUCAGACGGGGGCGUUCAGUGAAGGAGUCGUAGCCAGUCACAUGUACAGUCCGCAGGGCAUCAAUGCUAACGGAGGUUGGCAAGACGCUCCCACCCCCUCCUCAGUGACUUCGCCCACAGAAGGACCAGGAAGCGUUCACUCGGACACCUCCAACUGAUGAACUCCCAUCUACUCAUCUAUCAAUUGACUUGCACUCCCCCCCACCCUCAAACUGUUCAAGUGGACAUGACACAGUGCAGCUGGGGAAAUUUCCAACCCCCCCCCACAAAUCAAACAAAAAUGAUUUUAUCCCUCUGCAACGAUCAGCAACAGACUAAACGCAUAUGUGUGCACCCAGUUGGUGGUUUUCAAGUUCUCAUGAACCCCCUCCUCAUAAAAUCUUUUUUCAGAUCCAUAAAAAGUGUGCAUGAGGUUAUCAUAAAUACACUCAUAGUCCUGUGGGGUUUACAUGAGAUCUAAGUAAAGUUGUGGUGUGGUCCUUGUAAAAUCUGCAUAAACAUCACAAACAUCACACAAUUCCCUAAAAAGACCACAGGUGAAACAUCUCUGCUUUGUAGUCCUUGUAUUUGUUUUUUAUUCAUGUGGCGUUCAGGGAUCUUUUAUAUUGUAAUUUUAUUGUAUUUUUUCACCCUGUGCCAAAGUUGAGCUCAGAAUGUUUGUUUUGUGUCCCAUGGAUUCUCCCGCUUAUCCCCCAAAUUUUGAUCACAUGACUCCUGUCAGAUUCUAACCAAAUUUUGAGCGUCAGUUUAUAGACUCUUCAGAUUACAGGACAGCCCAGAAUGGAUCCCGUCGUGAUUCCUUCACAUUAACUGAAGCACAAAGGUGUCCCAUAAAUGAAGAUGGUCCGAGACGACCAUGCCCCUAUUUUUUUCUGUCCAUUCCAGUGAGAAGGUGGCAGCCAAAGCCCUCUGAUUUGGUUGGUGUUUGUGGUGUUCAUCUCUGCAUCUACACCAAUGUCAAGAGUGAGACAGCACACAUUGAACAAAAAAAAAUAUUUCCCAAACACAACAUUUUGAAAAGACUUAUUUGAAUUUUAUUCAAAUAAUGACAUUUUUUGCUUCAAAUGUCUUGCCUCACUCAAGUUCUCUGCAUCAUGUUGGACUCCACAAUGUUGUGUGUUUCCAGUAUUAAUGUAAAAUUCUUUCAAAAUUCCAUGCAGACGAUGAUACGGAAUUUAAAUGACUCCAGCAAGUUCUAAAGAAAUUAAAGGUCUGGGUAAAAGCUGAAAAAUGAAGAGAAUUAACUUAGUGACAACAUUGGUCAUAAAAAUGGUAAAAGUAGAAAAAUCAAGUGUGAUUGUGCACAGCUAUCCAGAUGUGAACAUAAAUGGCCCCAUCAUCCAGAUGUGAGCGUGCACAGCCAAGCAUCCAGAUGUGAGCAUUGCCAGCCUAUCAGCUUUACGUGAGGGUAAACGGCCUAUCAUCCAUAUGUGAGCGUGCACAGUCAAGAAUCCAGAUGUGAGCAUACACCCCCAUCAUCCAGAUGUUAGCGUCCCCAGCUGCAGCAUCACACCAAAUACAAAAACAUUGCAUUUUAAGCAGCCAUAUUGCUCUCUGCUGUUGCAUGCACUGUGCACAGUCCACAUAGAUUCAACCAACCAGACAUCAUAUCUGCACAGUCAUAUCCUUUAACUGGGAGUAUAAUCUGUGCUCGGGUGGCACUGAGGGAACCCAGCUGUUUUCUGAUACCAAAAACCAGAAUCUGAUCAUUUGAAAUGCUCAGGCGGCUUUAUUGAGAUUUCAUCUUUUGGGGGCGGGAGAGGGAAGUUUGGACUGCUCUGCAGGAUUGUCCUCGCACUCUGUGCUCAAGCCAAAAAAUAAACUGAGGGAGUCAAACAAAAUCCCUGAGGGCAUAGAAACCUCCAAGUGUUUGUUUGGUGAAAAAGUCCUUUCUUUUUUUGUUUACUUUUUGGGUUCUGCUGUUCCAUCAGUCAGACCGGCACAUGCAGACUCAAGCUGAACGCACCCCCAGAUUCAGAACGUGAGGUCUGGGGAGGGGGACGGGCAGUUGUGUUAUAGUUACCUGCACAGGCUUGGAGCACUCAGUCGCUGGACUGACGGCAGCAAGACAGGAAGACAAAAGAAAAAAUGGUUUUCAGUGUCUAACGUCAUGAAUCUCAAUCCAAUGAAGGUUUUUAGCUUUUGAAUAUAAACGCUGAAGUUUGUACACACUUGUUUUGUUUGUUGCAUGUCUUUUUAUUCAGAAAAACAACUGUGUUUUGAAUGUUUACUUGUUUUUUUAUAAGGAUUUCACAGUGAAAUUAUGAAACAUUUUGACUUGGAGGAUCCGUGCACAUGUUGUCCCGAGGUGCACGUGAUCGCAUUUUAACCCAAAAUCAGACUGUCUUCUGGAUAAAAACUGCUCCUUCAUUUGUACUGCCCACGUGAGUCCAAAUAAACCUUUUAUUUCUUGGAUAAAUUUUA